AUGAAAUCAUCACGAUCUCCAGACGAUUCGGGUCCCUCAAACCAUCGAAAACCACCGUCUCUAUCGGAGAUUCUCCAACCUCAUCUACUUCUCAACCAUCGUGAAUCACGAUCUCCAUCAGCAUCUGCAUCCCAUGGUCCAUCACCCACCAAGCAAGAGAGAGCUUCUCUUCCCCAACCUAUUCACCCCGAUUUCAACCUACCCCGUUGCCUUCCUGAUUCCUCAACAGGGUUAUCUGAUCUUCACGCACGCGCCCUCAUUUUCAAUCCAGCUGCUCAAGCUCGACAGAAAGAUGUUUUGGACCAAUACCCUGGGAACCAGACCUACAGAGAAAUGCUGGGUCAGAUCAUGUCACGUUCCCAUGCUAUCUCCGAUUUCGCCGAGGCAAACCGGAGAAUUGCCUUGAAACAGUACCUCAAACCGGUGAACCUAGCUAAGCUACCUAAAGAGGAGGAUAUCAACGAAAUGCUGAGAAAUCAGGAGAUAGUGAAGCAAUUACUGCAGCAAGUCAACUCACUGCAAUCCUCUCUAAGGACUCAAUCAGGUCCUGGACCUCCUCAACAAUACAUGGUCGGUUUGUCUGCGACGAGACCGAUGAUUGCCUCGACAGAGGUUGCAAAGCCAGAACUCCGAGAUGUGGCAAUUGCACUAGAUUUACUGCUCGCUUAUCAGAACAGCGGCAGACUUUAUGCCGAGGUUGCUAUUCUCUCCAGACAAGACAGGGAGCUGCACAAAGCUUCAGACGUGAUCGGACUGUCUGAAGCCUGA